UGCAUUACCACCUGCAAGCUGCCUGGCUCCCACAGGGACUCUCCCUGCCACUGAUUCGUUAAUAAGAUUUCAUUAACCAAAAUAAAUCUGGAGCUCGUGUGCUAAUUAGCAGGCACUGCACACGCAGCCCCGCACAUCGUGUCCGCGCUCCUUUACCAUCGUCUUUCUAUGCCCCCUCUAGCUGUGCCCCCUGGAGAGCUCACAGUCAGACCUGCUUCCUGGGCGCCUGGGAGACCCGCAGAGAAAACCCAGGUGGGGAGCGCGCUGCACAAGGGCUGCGGUGCUGAUGCAGGAGCUGUGUGUUCGGAUGAGACUUCAGAUGAAGACCUUGUGCAACUUCGGUGAGCACAGUCCAGCCACUGGGGCAGAAGCAACUAUCAGAAACCGCCUUAGACAGUUCACCUUUGGCCAUGCCCCCAGCUGCAGUUCGCUACACAGAACGAAUUCCUCCCAACUGGAGGCCUCCUCUUCAGGGUGACAAUUCCACAGGUGCCGCUAAUAUCCUUUGUGUAAGCUGAUGACCUUUCAGUGACCUAGGAUAUAUAUGUCACAUUUCAAUUGGGGGGCCUUGUCCCGCCCUGUCAACAGAAGCCCUCACUGAAUGCGCGAGCGUCACAUUUCACAGUCCUAGGGUAACAGGCAUCGCUGAUUCCUCGGGCUGCCCCACGGAGAUAUGGCCAUGGUGGCUGGAGGCUGGGGAGACCCGAACGGAGACACCAACGGGGUGGACAAGGGUUACCCCAGGACCUCCGAAGAGGACUCGGUGUCGCCCCAAGGCGGGGUGAGCGACCAGGAGCACGGGGACGAGGACAAACCGGGCAUCCAGGUGGACUGCACGGUGUGCGGGGACAAGUCCAGCGGGAAGCACUACGGGGUCUUCACCUGCGAGGGCUGCAAGAGCUUCUUCAAGCGGAGCAUCCGGAGGAACCUGAGUUACACCUGCAGGUCUAACCGAGACUGUCAGAUUGACCAGCACCACCGCAACCAGUGCCAGUACUGCCGCCUGAAGAAGUGCUUUCGCGUGGGAAUGAGGAAAGAAGCUGUCCAGAGAGGCAGGAUCCCCCCCACCCACUCCAGCACCAGCCCGAACGCCAUGCCCAGCGGGGAGUAUUACAACGGGCAGCCGGUCUCGGAACUCAUCUCCCAGCUGCUCCGGGCGGAGCCCUACCCGACUGCCCGCUACGGCUCGCAGUACGCCCAGCAGGGCAGCGUGAUGGGCAUCGACAACAUCUGCGAGUUGGCGGCCAGGCUGCUCUUCAGCACGGUGGAGUGGGCCCGGAACAUCCCUUUCUUCCCAGAACUGCCGGUCUCGGACCAGGUGGCCUUGCUGCGCUUGAGCUGGAGUGAGCUGUUCGUCCUCAACGCCGCGCAGUCGGCCCUGCCGCUGCACAUGGCCCCCCUGCUGGCCGCGGCCGGCUUCCACGCCUCCCCCAUGUCCGCCGACCGCGUGGUGUCCUUCAUGGACCAGAUCCGGAUAUUUCAGGAUCAGGUGGAAAAACUGAACAGGCUGCAAGUGGAUUCUGCUGAAUACAGCUGCCUGAAGGCCAUAGCCCUCUUCACGCCAGAUGCCUGCGGCCUCUCAGACCCUGCCCACGUGGAGAGCUUGCAAGAGAAAGCUCAGGUGGCCCUGACCGAGUACGUCCGGGCCCAGUACCCGUCUCAGCCCCAGCGCUUUGGCAGACUCCUGCUGCGGCUCCCGGCGCUCCGGGCGGUGCCGGCUUCGCUCAUCUCUCAGCUCUUCUUUAUGAGACUGGUGGGGAAGACGCCCAUCGAAACACUAAUUAGGGACAUGCUGCUGUCUGGGAGCACGUUCAACUGGCCUUACGGGACAGGGCAAUAGGAGACAGCAGGAAUUCUCCCCUCGCGGUCCCAGACGCAGCUCGGGAAGCCCAGCCCGUUCCACCAGAAACCCUUCCUAGCUGGGCCUUUUGCUGAGCGGUUCCUGCGAGGCCAGAGGCUCAGGCCUGCGCGGUUCUUUUCCAGGCCGGAAUCACAGACAGUGUGGUCCCCCACCCACGUGGCAACAUUAGUUAGCGCCUUGCCCGGGUGUUGCCCGUCAGCACACACGGAACCCCCUCCCCACCCAUGGAGUGGAUCAGCAAAGGGAUGGAGCCUUUACUUUUCUGGGAUGACUUUUCAGAGGGCUACGGGAGAUGGCUCUGGACAGAUGUUGUUUGGCUCCAGUCAUCGGGGGGGGUCGUGCGGUCGGGAUUUGAACUUUAUUUUUUCCUUUUUAGAAAAACCUCUCUGAAGGCAAGGCAGGCUCGAACUCCUGUCCCUGGGGUACCGGACAGCAGAGGUGGGAAAUGACUGUGGGCUAUUCUGCUGCUCUGCCUGUUGCCUCUGAGCCAGUCCGGGGCGACCGGGGCUGCAGGCCUCUCCUCCCCCCAUAUCAGAUAAAAUAGCCAGCAGCCGUCUCUGGCAAGAACGUUUUGAGCCCUAGAAAGUAGACCGGGGGGAGAGAGCGAGGGGCCUGUCCCCUAGCCAAUGGCAGACAAUUAGAGGGAAUAACAGAACUACCCAGUGUCAGACGGGUUAAAACAACCCAGUUGGGGAAGGGAGAUAAAGCCGUAUGCUCCAGGGAUGAGCCAGGGACAGGGGAAGGAAGAAGAGGGUCACGUUAGGCCUUCGCGUGGGUUCUUGCAUCAUCUCCGCUUUCAAAGCCAAAGGGACCAUUCUGCCGUAUCUGAGCUGCAGCCCCCAGGCCCGCUGCUGUCACCCAGUCAUUCCUGCAUCUAACGCAACGACUAGGGAGAACCUAGGUGCUGGCCAUGGGCUGACCAGGCUACUGGGCUAGAAAGGCCACAGGUCAGAUCCAGUCUGGCCUUCCACGGGGGAAUUGUUCCCUGGACCGGGCGCUCCACUGCUUUGACCUGCCUGCUUCCCUCGACCCCUGCAGGCAGUGGCGCUUCCCUGCCGUUCAGCCCAAAUUCACCUUGGCUCUAGCUACCUGAUUCCUGGCCCGGUGCGGAGACAGUAUGUGGGGGGGGGAGCAUUUCCUAUAUAACAGAUGACUUCCCCCCUCCCCUCCCAUUCAUUUCACCACUCUAUAUUUUACAUCGCCCAGCUCAGCUCAAGCCAGUCCCGCUCCGCCUGUGAUCCUGUCGGGGAACGUUAGCAGCCGCUUUACACCACAGACCCUUGUAUAUAGGAAACAGCGUCUUCCCCCCCCCCCUUCCUUUUUUUCAGACACACAGCUAUUUCCCUCUCCUAAUUCUGCUGAGCCUUUGAGGAGAGGUAGUGAGCUUGAAGGCUGCGAACAUCUGAAGCAGAAUCUCUGCAUGGCAAAAUAAAAAGCAGGCGGCAGUUAUUAAAUCCAGGCCAGGUAGUGGGUAAAUCACUCUUUGCAAGGGCAGGGCUGGCCCAGAUUCAGGGUUAUGCGCUAAACCCGUAAGUGGGGCAUGGUUUAUUUGUCCUGUUGCAAUUGCUGGUACCCGUGGGAAUUGCUGUUGCAGAAAAGAACCUAGUGUGGGGGGGUCAGUGCAGAGCGAGGCAGAUCUGGGGCAGACCUCAUUCCUGGAACCGAGUGGCCUCUGCCGCACUAGCCACGCUGCUCCCCAGUGCUGCCUCAGUUUCCCACCUGCUCCCCAGUGAUGCAAGCCUGAGUAUCCUUGCUAUAAACAGGCUCAGCACAGACAUCGGAUCUCUGUGUAAACAAAAGAAAGCCAGAGGGGUGGUGGACUUGUCAUUUAGAGCGAGCCCUGAUUCUAACCCCAUUAACUGAAGUCAAUGCAGAUGUUUCUUAGGAAGGGGGGCUCUGUUUGGAGGGGAGGGGGGGAAGGCGCUGGCCUUCGACCAUACGUGCUGGGGUGGGAAUGAGCUGCCUGGAUUUUGAAUACUUGCCUCCCCCACUUCCGUAUAGAUUGCAGGAGACUUUUCAGCACAGCAGCCGCACAAAUCUUUGAUCCAACUCCCCUAAAAACGCCUUCCAAGGAGCGAUCUUGUUUCCGUCUCCGAGGGGGCAGGAGCGUGACGGAGGCUCUCCAUUAAACACACUGGCACCCACUGAUUUUUAAAGGCUAGAGAAACAGCUGCUUUGCAGCCACCUUGCGGAUUCACUUUGCCUGGAGUUAAGCCAUGGUUGCAAGGUGCCUGGGAGCUACGAAGCGCUAAAUGUUGUUAUUACACAUGCACGUUGCUGCGCCAAAGCGCGCUCCUACUGAGGAGGCGAA